CCGCGCUCCUCGGGCGCGGGAGCUGCCGGGCGGGGCGGGUGGGCGCGGCGCUUCCGCAGCGGGAUCCGGGGCCGAUAGCCGCGCGCCGCGGGAGGUGCUUAAAAACCAGGUGGAAUUACUGGAAACACCAUUCUCUCCAGCAUUGAUGCAACCAGUAACAUUUCACAUAUUCUGGCUCUAGUGCAUGGAAAACAAAAUGAAGGAACUAACGUCAAACAGUACAACCAAUAUAUCUCAAGCCAGGAAAGCUGUGGAGCAAUUAAAAAUGGAAGCAUACAUGGAUAGGAUGAAGGUAUCCAAGGCUGCAGCAGACUUAUUGGCAUACUGUGACGCUCAUAUUGGAGAAGAUCCCCUUAUUAUUCCAGUGCCUGCAUCUGAAAAUCCCUUCAGGGAGAAGAAACUCUUUUGCACUAUCCUUUGAGUCGGUUUUCAAUUAAAAAUAUGUUAAAAUUUGGUAUCA